AUGCUCUUUCGAGCAAUUAAGUAUUGUUCUACAUUUCAAACAUAUUUGGAUGAACGCGAGAAAUUAAGAAUAGCCUUAUUACUUAAUAGAUAUCCGAAUAAAAUUAUUGAACAACAGUUUAAUAAUGUUCUAUUAAGAUUCAAUAUUGAUCAGCCAUUGACUGCUAUUAAUUAUGAUAAAUAUCGUCAGAAUGUGUUAGAUUCACCCUAUACAGAACCUAUAAAAAUUGAUUAUGAUAAAGUUAUGUUUAUUCACUUUACUUAUUGUUCAAGUAUGAAAGGAUUUCCUUUGAAAUUUCAUACAAUAUGGAAUAAAUAUUUUGGUGAAUCUCCGAUUAAUGAAAUUCGACCUAUACUUGGUACCCGUAAUGUUAAAAAUUUACAGAGACGAUUAACAAAUAUUAUUUAA